GGUUCUUUUUUUUUUGUGUGUGUAUAUUUCUUUAUUCUUACAAUGAUUCAACAAGGCGUUUUUGGUGUUGCCAACUUUGCUGUCACUACUGCCUCUGCCAAGUCAAGUAGUGAAGCCACAACUCGUGCUUUGGCUCUUUAUAGACAAUGGCAAAAAUCAGUUCCUGAAAUGAUGAAGCUUCAUGAAAUCAACAUGCCUCCCUCAGCUAUUCGGGCCAAGAUUCGUGAAGAAUUCGAAAAGCAUCGUCAUGUCGAACAACUUGAAGUGCGUGAUAUUUUGUAUGCAAAAGGUCAAAUGGAAUACCAAGAAGUGAUGAAUGUCUGGAAGCAAAACAACCAUAUCAUGAACUAUUUUGCUGAAGAGGAAGCACCACCAAAGCCAACUACCUUUUUAGAAAAGUUUUAUGAAGGCAGAUCUUAAAUAAUAAAAAAAAACUUCUUUUUUAUAU